CUCUUCAACUAAUUCAUCUUCAAGCUCUUUGAGCCAAAUAUUCGCAAAUAUCAUUUCUGUAAUCCAAGAACAGUUUUCAGACAUCUUUGAUAGGAUUAAGGAUGUGAAUGAUUAUUCUUUAGAUCAGAUGUGUGCUGUUGUAUCGGUUGAUAUUUUUAGACUUUGGAUGGGAGUAAUUGGAAAAGAUACGAUAAAGGGUUUUUACCAUGGAAAAAAUAUAAAAACCGAAAACUUAAAAAAGAUAGAUGCUUGA